ACAGGAGGAGGACACACACACACAGAGAGAGAGCAGAAUUUGUGACAGUGGAGAAUGAGGACAGUCGACAAAGGGCUAGUCAUGUCUGGGUUAAUAUUUAGCCUGAGGACGGGCAGCUCAUGGUCCCGUAACCGUCUGUUCGGGCUGAGCAGUCUCCUGUUGGCUCAACUCUGCAGGAACAACUCGUCCAAAAUGUCUUCAGAUGCCCACUGGCUCUCUCCUGCAGACCGGGAUCAGAUGGUGAUGGAGCUCAGGGCCACUGGCUGGGUGGAGGUGGAGGACCGAGAUGCCAUCUUCAAGGAGCUCAACUUCAAAACCUUUAACCAGGCAUUCGGCUUCAUGUCGCGUGUGGCUCUGCAGGCAGAGAAGAUGAAUCAUCACCCAGAAUGGUUCAACGUUUAUAAUAAGGUCCAGAUUACAUUGACAACACAUGAAUGUGGAGGACUAUCAAAACGGGACAUGAAAAUGGCCAAAUUUAUUGACAAAAUUGCACUUUCCAUGUAAUGUUUAGUCAUUAUUCAGAAAUCUUCCCCUGUAUAAUCAACAACCUUGUUCUAUUAAAAUAAUUCCCAUUAAAAACCUGUCUUCUGUUGAUCAAUAAUACACUGGGUUUGUUUUAAAUAAAAUCUCUGAAAGAUAUUCUACUUCAAUGUUUGCAUUUGUUUGCAAUAUAUUUUGUACACACUUUGUGAAGGAAUAAAACGGAAUUUGUGAAA